AACGCCGAUAAGGCGUCAGUAAUGAAGAGAACGAAAGCUUUGAGGGAAAUAUUCAACGUUGUGUGCGAAAAUUGCCAGUAUAUUGAGAACUUGGCCUCCAAACUCAAGGUAUUUUACGAAAGACGAAGGAACGAAAUAGAGAAAGACUUGCAAGAGUUGCGACAAGUGUACAAGGAUCUUGGGUGGAAAACUAUGCAGCGCAUAGAAACUUAUCAGAGGAAUUGUGAAGAGCUCUGCAAAAUAAAAAUGGCCAGUGCUCGAGACUGGUAUGAGAAUCAACUGAGCUUCAAUGAAUAAUCACAGUAAAUUUACACAAUUAUAUUUUUUAUAUAAAGGAUAUAAAGGAAAAUUUAAAAUCAUAUGCAAGCUGCGCCACCUAAAGGGAAAACUGGUUAGAUUUCCAGGCGAAGGGAGGGAAAAAUGCGCGCGCAUUCGCUUCCAGGCAUGCAAAAUUUUGUCAAUUCGUGAAAAGAGUGAAGAAAAAUUGGCCAAAGUCGACUUUUUCCCGCAUAAAAUGGCCAAUUUGGACAACACUUUUGUGCGAAGUGCUUCCCCACAGUUCUCCGAUGAUGGAGACGACAGCGGAAUGGCCACGUUGCCCAUCGGAGAUGCGUCCAGCUAUCCUCAGAGCACCAGUCACACCUACAAUCCACCGAAAGUGAAUUAUCUCCCUGAAGACGGGGCGGAUUACCUCAAGGGGCGCAACACGUGUGCCUUCUGGGUUCUGGUGAUCCUCCUGAUCAUCCUCACGAUCGGUAAUCUCGCUCUCACCCUCACAAUCGUCGGCAUUCUGCGCCUCGGCAGAGGAAUGGAGUUCAUGGAACUCGUCCCUGAAGCUGACACGGUAAAGUUCUUCGGCAACACUGACUUGGACCGAGUUUACAAGAAGGAUGGACUUCUGGAAGGAUUCACUGACGUUCCAUUGACGAUUUCUGGGGAUGCUGGAGCGGUUCUGGUGAAUCUGGUGAACAGAAAUGGCCAUGUGCACAACAAAAUCCUCAUGGGACGCAAUGGCACCCACUUCAGGGGAAUUAAUUUGUUCGAAGUGCGCGAUCCUGUGACCAAGGAGUCUAUUUUCACCACCGCCAAGCCAAGAUACAACAUUCCUCAGGGCGUGAAUAAUCUCAGAGCCAGCACUGUGAGCGCCAGCCGAGUCACGAGUCCUCUCCAGGAGGCGCUGAAGCUCCAGACAAAGGGAAAGCUGAUCCUCCGCGGCGCUGAGGGCACCGAAAUGGAGAGCAAGGAGAUCCUCUGGUCGGCCGACCAGAACAUCUUCCUCAAGUCAAUCAAUGGAUCCAUUGUGCUGGCCGCCAGUGACGGAGUGUAUGUGGACAUGAAGAACAUCCCCAUCGUCCAGGCGGAGCACGGAUUGCGGGCAGGAGCGGUGCAAUUCAAGGUGUGCGUUUGCAUGCCUGCAGGGAAACUCUUCCGCGUGCCGAUUCCACGCAAUCACAACGGAAAGGGCGGCUGUACUCACUUCAAUCCCCAUCACGAUCCCUGCGCUUAACUCUCCAGUCUCCAUUCUCACAUAAAUUACAUUUAGCAGCUUGUAGGCGAAAACUCACCUCAUCAUAUCCUUUCUAGUCGACUUAAAUUAUUGUAUUUAUCAUGCUAAUAGUGCAAUUUUGAGGAAAUAAACGCGAAAAUAGUAGAA